UAUAGGACAUUAAAACUGUUUAGACACAGACGACUGCUGGUUUUGCUACUUAUUUUAUACUUCGCCAGAAAAUGUUAAAAUUUAGUUUAGCGGCCGUGUUGCUGUUAGCAUGUCUAAGAGAGGGGUAUGGGGCUUGUGGGAUCGCUCCACUUAAGACGCUCACCACACCCUUGGGACAGACAGUAGAGUACUGUGAGUGGGAAGGAAAGAAGAUUGGCGUUGGAAGCAGUAUUCGUCUGGUAUCAGCCGGGGCGUGCUCCAGUGUCUCUUGCACAAAACAUGGCAUGCAGUUCUGUGGGGGAGGGGUAUAUUUUGGUCUGACAGACGAUUGUGAAGCCACUUACGACGCCUGUAAUUUGGUCUACGUGAAGAAAGAUAAUCCUCUGGAAGUUUGCAAAACUUCCCCCUGGAAACCAUCAUUGACGCCAUCUAUCGGGAAAAAAUAAAC